AAGUGAACUUGUUAUGUCUCAGCGGGCAAUGAAAUAGUGCAGUUUUUACCACUGGUAACGAUGGCGGAAACGUAUCCAUACCCAAUCUUUAUAGAAGGUGAUUGGAGCGCUGAUAUUUCUAAUACUGUUAAAAACAAACUUCAGAUUUACUUCCAGAGUAAGAAGAAAUCGAAUGGAGGCGACUGUCGAGUGGAGUAUGAAGACGCUAGCAGAAAACACGCCGUUGUUUGGUUUAAAAGCGAAGAGACAAGGAAAAGAGUUCUUGAGAAACAAAAUCAUAAACUGAAUGUUGGAAAAGAAAACGUGAGUCUGACUGUGAGACUGCAGGAGGAAGCGGAAGAGAACCCAACACUUGAGCCAGAAAAAGAAAGUCCUUGCAAACCAGAAGAAGUUGAAGAUGUUGUUGAAGGAUUGAGUAGACAGAGCCAGACAGCUUCACAUUGUAACACGACGUUUGAAGAAGUCUGUGAAGAGAUACCAGAGUUUACUGCAGUUUUGCUGGAAAAUUUUCCAGAGAACAUAACGCAAGAAAUUCUGGGAAUGAUGGUGGAGAAUAUCUCCAAUUUAUCCGAAGAAAAUGGGGAUUUCAGUUUGGAGAUCAUUCAUCACAUAAACAAAGCUGUUGUGUCCUUCAAAACCAGCAGUGAUGCACCACCAUUUCUUACAAACUGUGUCAAAGACAAGAGGUUUAAAAAAAAUGAAAUAGUUGCGAAACCCCUUGAAGUAACGCGGAGUGUUAAAGUGGAAAACCUCGCCCCUCAUACCAGUGAAGAGCUGCUUAGUCUAUACUUCGAACGAUCAGGAGUAGUGGACAGCAUCACAAUGAUGCCAGAAGACAUGUCAGCAGUAAUCUCAUUUAAGGAUCAUAAGGUUCUAGAGACUAUCAGAGAAAAACCACACACAAUCAGUAAAACAGCUGUAAAGUUGUAUCCCUAUUAUGAUUCUUUGGGCACAGCUUUGUACGGGAAAGAGAGACCACAGUGGAAGCUGCCAGACCCGUUUACUGAGAAUAUUGAUCUCAGUGUUUGGAAGUUUCUUAACACGAAGAAGACACACGUUACAGAUAUAAAUGAAACAAUGGCUGAACAUUUCUGUGAACUGAACUGGCAGCAGUCUGGCAGGCCAUUAGUAAAUAUCAGCCCCUCUCCUGCCUUAUUGAAGCAAAAGUCAUUGACUGCUAAGCAUAUCAGUGCCUGGAAGGAUGAUGCUUCAAGUGUGUUUUCAAAAGCUAUUUCCAAGUACAAGUCCUUUGAAUGCCAUGUAAAUUCUUCAGUCUGGAAAAUAAGUGAAAUGGAAAUUUGCAGUGCAGUGACAGAUACUGUAAUCCUUGCCCCUGACAUGGUCCAGGGGAAAGUCAUGAUAGCAGGAGUGGCAGAGGAUGCUGACAGACUACGGUGGGUUCUGACUGAGAUUGUGGACAAAGCCACUAAACGAAUUGAAAGGGAACAGAAUAGCGUGACAGAGAAGGUUCCUAUGGUACCUGCCAUGUAUAACAUACUGAAGCACGAUGGACUUCACGAGAAUAUCAUGAAGGAUCAUCCAGAGCUCAUGCUAGCUUACAAACCAGAUGCAGAGAGUCUGAUCCUUUCUGGUUUGCCGGCCGAGGUGUUCAGUGUCAAGAGCAAAGUACUGGAAGCAGUAAUGCACAUGAAGAGGAAGCAAGUUGAGCUCAACCCUCAUAUUGUCAGCUUUCUUAGUGAGGUGGAUAACGAGGACCUAUCAUACUGCAUCUUUACUGCAAAUGGCAUCAACGCAAUGUGCGAGACUCAGGAAAGUGUUGUUUCUAUUAUAGUAUACACAGAUAGGGCUUUUAUUGACGCCGAAAAGCAAAUUCAGAAAGUUCUACAUUUUCAGUGCAUUGAUGUAGAAGACAGCAAAGUGAUUAAGAAACAAGAGUGGGUGCAUUUAAACAUUUGUUUAGAUAAGGAAUACAACAGCCCAAAGAAAAGAGUGGUAAUAAAAAUCUUAAAAGAACAAAUUGUCAUCGCCGGAUUUUGUGAUUCUGUGAUGCAAGUGUGCCAGCAACUGUCUGAUUUUGUCGACAAGAACACACACGUGGAGGAAUUUGUGAUUGUGAAGUCCAAGGCAGUCAUCAAGUUCAUCCAAGAUAAGAAAACUGAUCUAUGGUGGGAGGUAACCAACAACAAUGAUGUCAAAAUCGACUUUGCUGUUCAGACUAACCAACCAAAGAUCAACAUAGAAGGUCCAAGGUCUUCUGUUUUGGAAGUGAAGAGGGUGUUUGAAAAUAUAGUUCGAUCCCUUCAUUCUGAUGUGUUGCAGAUCAAGAAGCCUGGGGCAAAGAAGUUUUUUAAAGACAAGGAGGAAAUGUAUGUUAAUGCAGCCAUGCAUCAAUCUAAUUGUGUGGUGAUGCUUGAUGAUGGCGAUUUCUUGGAAACAGUUGAGGAAAUUGACUCAUCUCACUUCGUGGUGCAGCUGUCUGAUGGGUUGGUUGUUUCUGUUUAUCAAGGUGAUAUGUGCAGAUGUAAUGUAGAUGCUGUAGUCAAUGCAACUAAUGAAGAACUGCAGCAUAUCGGAGGUCCUGCAGGAGCGCUGCUUGAAGCAGCAGGACCAGAGCUACAAAUAGAGUGUGAUCACUAUAUAAAAAAAAAAGGAAAAUUGAAACCUGGUCAGGCAGUUUUAACAGAGGCUGGCAGUCUUCCUUGUAAGUUCGUGAUUCACGCUUUAGGGCCCAGGUGGAAUGCAGCAGAAGCUAAGAAAUCGGUGUAUCAUUUAGAGAAGGCUGUGAAGGAAAGCUUGAACAUGGCAGAAAUGUACAACUGUACGUCUAUAGCUAUUCCAGCUAUCAGCUCAGGAAUCUUUGGGUUUCCCUUGGAGCUGUGUGCUGAAACAAUUGUAAAAUGUGUUCAUGAACACUGUGAAGAUAUCUAUAGAGAUAGCACUUUGAAGAAGAUACACCUGGUUGACCAUGAUGACAAAACAGUUCAGGCCAUGACUGUUGCUGCCCAAAAAGUAUUUGCUGACUAUGUACCACAAGUGAGAGCAAAGACUGUUAAACCUGCUCCUCAAGAAAGGAGACCCUUGAAGAAGGUGGAAAGCAGAGAUGGAUUCCAGGAGAUCCAAACAAAAGAAGGUCUGACCAUCAUCCUAAGAGAAGGAAACAUCCAAGAUACAUCAACGGAUGUCAUUGUUAAUACCAUUGCUGCUGACCUAAGCCUUAACAAUGGUGUUGUUUCAAAUGCCAUUUUUAAUGCAGCUGGUCCAAAACUCCAGACCCUGUUGCAUGAGGCGGCCCAGAAAUCCACCCCUGCUGAAGGGAUGGUUCUGAAAACGAAAGGGUGUCAAUUGAAGAGUGAUUUUGUCUUUCAUGUGAUUGGUCCCAGGUGGGAUUCAAAGACAGGCGAAAAGAUUUUGAAAGGAAUCAUUAAAGAGUGUCUCGAAGAAGCUGAAAAUCUGCAGCAGAAUUCACUUGCCUUCCCUGCCAUUGGAGCAGGCAAUUUGGGGUUUCCAAAACCCUUGGUAGCCUCAGUCAUGAUGGAACAAGUGUUGAAGUUUAGCAGUAAAUGGAACCGAAAGCACCUUCAGGAGGUUGUGUUUAUGGUGCACCCCAGUGAUACUCAGACAGUUCAGGCAUUUAGGGAUGAAUUCAAAAACAAGUUCCAGGGCCAAACUAAAAAAGUCAAACAAUCAGGCAGGUCUUCUUCUGCAUCUGCUCAACACGGGGCAGGUUUCGUUAAUCAAGUCUCAAAUCCCAGUCUAGGUGUACAUGAAAUGUUAAUGGGAACCCUUCAGUUGCAAGUGGUAACAGGUGACAUCACAAAGGAAACAACUGAUGUUAUUGUAAACUCAUCCAGCACUGACUUUACCCUUAAAACAGGUGUAUCCAAGGCAAUUUUAGAGGCGGCUGGUCAAGCGGUUGAAAUGGAGUGCGCACAGUUAGGUGCACAGCCUAAUAAUGGGAUAAUAAUUACAAAAAAUGGAAAUUUACAGUGCAAGAAGAUCAUUCACAUUCCUGGACAAAACGACCCCAUUAAAAUAAAGGAUUCUGUAGGAAAAGUUCUGCAGCUGUGUGAACAAAACAAAUUCACAUCGGUAGCGUUUCCUGCUCUUGGAACAGGGCAAGGGGGUGUAAAUCCUUCAGUUGUCGCUGAUGCAAUGCUGGAUUCUGUGGUUGACUUUGCAAGCCAGAAAACAGCACAGUCUCUGAAAAAAGUUAGAAUCAUAAUCUUCCAGCCUCAGAUGCUUACUGAGUUUUUUAAAAGCAUGCAAGCAAGAGCAGGCACAGCCCUGCCGGAUCAGGAAUCUGUCUGGUCCAGGUUUAAAUCAUUCGGGAAAUGGUUAGUUGGACAUUCUGAUGUGGAGGAAAAAGGCACUGAAGAGUUUGUGUUUAUGGAAGAAAAUAUUGACCCAACAGUUUUUCAGAUAUGUGGAGAAACAGAAGAAGAUGUGAAAAAAGCUCGGUCCUGGAUAACAGACUUGAUUGUUAAAGAACAGGAUGAGAGGACAAUCAGGAAUGAGUAUAUCUGUUAUUUCGGUGAAGAGGAAUGUGAGAAAAUAAAAAUACUGCAGAAGAAGCUCCAGAUCAGUGUGAAGCUUGACUGUACUAAAGCUGAGGCUUCCAUCCAAGUGGCAGGGCUCACAAGAGAUGUGCUGACUGCAGUAACGGAAAUCCAGGAUAUGCUCAAGAAGAUUCGAGAUGAAGAAACCCUGAAACGGGAGGCGGAGCUGGCCAGCAAUUUGGUAGAAUGGCAGUAUGAGCAGGGAACCAAAUAUGAGCCAUUCGACAUCUUCACUAACCUGAGACUAGAACAGGCUGUGGAAAGUGAGGAAAGGGAACUCACAGUAAAGAUUCAAAAUAAAAACUUUAAAGUGUUCUUGCCAGAGGGCCCUGCAGUAGAUGACCGAGACACUCAUAUACAAAUAAAAAGAGUCAACAAGACAGAAGUUCAAGACUUGGAAAAACACCCAAGCCACUGGGAUGAUAUGAAGGGAUCAAAAGGAUAUAUUUCUGUACAAUUACAACCAACAACAAAGGAAUACCAAGAAGUGGAAGCUUUAUUUAAAAAAACCUGUGGAAACCUUACCAUUAUAACGAUUCAAAGAAUUCAAAAUCCCUUUCUUUGGAAGAACUACCAAAUAAAAAAGCAAGCUUUUGAUGACAAAAAUGGCAAGGGCAAUAACGAAAAGCAGUUAUUCCACGGCACGGCUUGUGACACAAUAAAAACAAUUAACUCCAAUGGAUUCAACCGGAGCUUUUGUGGAAAGAAUGCUGUAGCCUAUGGGAAUGGAACCUAUUUUGCAGUUAAUGCCAGUUAUUCUGCAAGUGGUACUUACUCUGUACCCGAUCCACAAGGACAGAAGUACAUGUAUCUCACCAGAGUCCUCACAGGGGUGUUUACCAAUGGAAGACCUGGAAUGAUCGUUCCUCCUGCCAAGAAUCCUGCAGAUCCCACUGAUUUGUACGACAGUUUAACAGACAAUGCUGCAAAUCCUACCAUGUUUGUCAUCUUCAAUGAUGUACAAGCUUACCCAGAGUACUUAAUCACUUUCCGUUAAUACAUAUUCUGUAGGAAAAGGCCAUUCUCCUUUGUAAAUCAGCCAUUUAAAAUAUAUGUGAGUGCCACCAACAUUUCAGUGUAAAGAUCAAUACAAGUGAAGAGUUAGAUCAUUUUUUCCAUUUAACAAUUUUGCUUUUUUUUAAAGUUAGGGAAGAAUAAACAGGUUGUGUUGCAUUACUGUCCUAAAAUGACUGUAAUAUGUUAUUGCCACUGACCUGUUAUAACUUUCGCUGUAUAAGUAAUUGAUAAAAAAAAUAUAAUAAAUCUAUGAUUUUG